CGGGCGGGCGCGACGGGUGGAGGCGCCGCCGCCUCUCUCCCGCUGCUCAAGGGCCACUUCGCUCCUGCCAGCGCUGGGGCGGGAGGAGAGGGCCAGUUCUGCCCCCGGAUGAGCCAUGCCCAGAGGCAGCCAGCCCCGCAGCAGCAGCAGCCGCCGCCCAGCUCGGUGGCAUCCGCGGCGGCGGCGGGGGCCGCGGGGCAAGCGGUGGCCCACCCACCUGUCUGCGCAGCGGCCGCCUACGGCAUGAGCGACCCCCGGCGUUUCCACUGCCUCGGCCUGGGAGGCUCGGACGGCGCCGGCCAGCUGCAGAACGGCAAGAGGAUGCGCACAGCUUUCACCAGCACGCAGCUGCUGGAGCUGGAGCGGGAAUUUUCGGCCAACAUGUACCUGUCGCGGCUGCGGCGGAUCGAGAUCGCCACGUACCUCAACCUGUCCGAGAAGCAGGUGAAGAUCUGGUUCCAGAACCGAAGGGUGAAGCACAAGAAGGAAGGCAAAGGCGCCCAGAGGAACACGCACGGUGGCUGCAGCUGCGCCGGCAACCCGGGCCGGUUUCCCAGGUCGGAGGACGAAGAGUCGCUCUCUCCAGCCUCGGCGAACGAAGACAAGGAGGUCUCCCCGUUGUGA